AUGGUGCGCGUACCCGGAUCUUCUGGUGACUCGGGAUUUCACCGUGAGUCCCAAGAAGAAGUUCGAGUGAAGAAGGAACAAGGGGAUCAAGCGUCUUCGGAAUCGGGAUCGACGACGACGCUGCUGAAUGAAACAAGAUCCACGGAUCGGCAGAGUGCAAGGAGGACCUCUGUCGGCGGAACCGAGGUGGAUCCAGACAUGGAUCCAGGAGAGAAACCUCAACCUCCUCCACAGGUCCCUUCGAGGACCCCGGUGGAUCGCGACGAAAGUCAAGAUCCACUAACAAAACAAACCAAGGCUGGCCAGGAUCGGUAUGCAUUUGCUGACUCUCCAGUGAAACAAGAGCCCUACAUCUUCCAUCCAGACAAGACCCAGACGAAGAAGACCGCUACGAGAAGGAAGAUGAAGGCCCCGGAGCUGGAGGACGAAGAUCCAGAAACCUCGGUUCAGGAUGGAUCCAAGGCAUCAUGGAUCCGUCAUAUGCUGUUCAACCGGCUGAAGGUGCUGGUAGGCGAAAUCCAGCCGAAGCCGGAUCCCCCAAUCCCGGAUCCAAGAUCACUACAAGAAGGAUCCACAGAAUGUCGGACGUCGUCACCUUAUGUCUCGGCUGCAGAGCUUGGGUCGGACGCCUCUUCGGAGCCGCGAUGCAUGUCACUUGGACCAUCGGAAGCCUCGAUGCUACGAGCCCGAGCCAAGAUCCAACGUGAAGCGAGUCCUCAGCCCCGAUCCCAGCCUCGAUCCAAGAAGCAGUCAGCUCCAUCAGUGGAUCCAACAGCGACGGCAUCAGGAUCUGACAUGUCGACUGGCAGGUUGGAGUCGUUCUUCCAGGCAGCUAUGAACAGGUUCUUGAAGGAGCAGGGAGCUUUGACCCCAGCCAUGGCACCGGGGGCGGUUCAGAAUCAUGGAUCCCGAGAUGUCGAGAUGGAGUCCACUGGAUCGUCGGAUCCGGAUCGACACUGGGAGUUCGACCCUGACGACAUUGACUUCCCGGCCCCAGCACGCGCUACAGAGUUCUCUGGCAAGGAUCAAGACGAGGAUCGAGCGAGAGCUUGGGUCAGUAAGGAGAAGUGCGAGCAUGUGGACCAUUUCAUUGAGACUCUGGGCGAUCAGGAUCUGGCGGAUCGGCUGGCAUUGCUCCGACUGCCGGAUGCUGACGAGUUGGAAGAAGUCCUUCGUGCCUUGGAUCAGGCGAAGAACCGACAGAAGAAGUCCGCGUAUGGAUCCCGCAAGUACCGACAAAAGGCACCAGCGACGCCUGCGCCGGCCGCUCCAGCCAAAUAUGUGCGUGCGAUCCAAAUCCAACCUGACUCGGGAUCCGAGUCUGGAUCCAGCGAUGGAUCGGACUCCGAGUGCGACGAAUACCGCAUGAUCUAUUUUUGUCUGCCUCCCACGACCAUGCGAAACCAGUCGAAGAAGAGCCGAAAGCCCUGGAACGGAACCCUCUAG